AUGGAAAAACAUGUGAAGUUCAUUGCCAGGACUGUGUUGGUACAAGAAGGGAAUGUACUGAAUGUGAAAGGUGCAUACAGAACCCUAAACAGAAUUCUCACUAUGGAUGGGCUCAUUGACAAGAUUAAGGGUAGGCGGUGCUAUGAGAAGCCUUGCCACAAACGACAUAGAGAAAGUCAUGAAACCUGCCGUAGGAUCUACAACAUGGAAAUGGCUUGCAAGAUACACUUCUUGAUGCAAAAGAACCAGAGAGAUCAAUGGCAGGGCUGUUGA